UGAGCAAGCCAAAAUGGAGGGCAAUUCUAUACUCCAUGCUUUUAACAACAUCUAUUUUGCAAUCUUUGCUUUAUUUUGCUUCAAGCUUUUAAUUAAGAUUUCUUUGGCUCUGCUGACCCACUUCUAUAUUGUUAAAGGCAACAGAAAAGAGGCUGCCAGGAUAGCAGAAGAGAUCUAUGGAAUAGCACCAGGUUCAUGGGCAGAUCGAUCUCCUCUUCAUGAUGCUGCAUUCCAAGGGCGCCUGCUGUCUUUGAAAACAUUGAUUGCGCAGGGAUUCAAUGUGAACAUUGUAACCAUAGAUCGGGUUUCUGCUCUCCAUGAGGCCUGCCUGGGUGGCCAUGUCGCUUGUGCGAAAGUCUUACUGGAGAAUGGUGCUCAAGUCAAUGCAGUCACUAUUGAUGGGAUCACUCCUCUCUUUAAUGCCUGCUGUAGUGGCAGUGCAGCUUGUGUGAACAUGCUGCUUGAAUUUGGAGGCACACCACAGCUAGAGAAUCACCUUGCUUCACCUAUUCAUGAAGCAGUAAAGAGAGGUCACAGGGAGUGUAUGGAAAUUCUUGUGGCCAAUGACGUUGACAUUGACCAAGAAGAUUCGCAGCACGGAACACCCCUUUAUGUGGCCUGCAUGUAUCAGAGGACAGACUGUGUCAAGAAGCUUCUCGAACUAGGAGCCAGUGUUGACUUGGGUAAACGAUUAGACUCUCCACUCCAUGCUGCAGUAAGGAAAUCCAGCGCAGAAGCAGUCAACUUGUUAACGGACUAUGGCGCUAGCUUGACACGCAGAAAUGCUGAAUUCAAAUGUGCCCUUGAUCUGGCAGCCCCCAACAGUAAAGUGGAACAGGCCCUCUUGCUUCGGGAAGGUCCUGCCAGCCUUGCCCAGCUGUGUCGGCUGUGUAUCAGGAAGUGUUUGGGUCGCUCAUCUCUUUAUGUAGUCCACAAGCUGAAUCUUCCUGAGCCACUUGAGAAAUUUCUCUUAUAUCGAUAGUUCUAUGACUGUCUAUAAGAUGAUUGCCAGGAGAAAAACAAAAUGGCUGUUUAUCACAAAGAUAUUAAACUGAAGUGAAAAACAAAGACAUCAUUUACUGCUUACUAUAGGUACCAAACUACUUAGCUGCUGACAUAACAAUACUCCCUGACACAAUACUCCUGUAUCGUGUAACCAUUGGAAACUGCUUUGUAGCACAGUGCAUGUUACUAUGGAAAUGAUAUCCUCACACUUUAGUCUUAAAUCCACUGAUGUUAGAUAAGAGGCUGAAAUACGCAAACAGCAGAUUGUACAGCUGUGUAUAAGUAUACACCCAAACAGCUGAUUGUAUGGGUAUGUGUGUGUGUUUCGGGAGGGGGGGUUAUGCACAAACAGUUGACUGUGCAGGUAUAUGUAUGUGUGGUAUACAAGCCACCUUAAGUAUGAUUUAAUGAAGUCAACUACUGUAUAGAAAUCUGAUGCUAGAGAAGUUUAAAUUAAGCCAAAAGAAAUAAUUUGUUUUCUCCUCUUUUUCCUUUCAAAUGCAGCAAAAAGUCUGCAUGAAUCCUGAACUUUUGAGAGUUCAUGAAAUAGAUCCUUACAUGAAAAUAUUAAAGGGGAAUGGAGCCCCUCAUUGUCAGUCUGUGUGGAAAUAUCUGGGGGGUGAUAGGUUCCUUCCUUCUCUCAUUCCCACUUUAUUUGGCUUUGUGAAAGGACUCUGGAACUUUUUUAUGGCUUUAGCCUUCACAUUAUUAGUUGAAAAGCCUAUGGACUGUCAUGGAGUGAACAGAAGGUCAUAAAGAGCCAGAGCUAUCAGACUGUAGCAAGUGGAGAUCCUGGGAUUAAUAGUAUAAUAGUAUACUUCAAGGUUUGUUCUGUUUUUUCCAGAGGUUGGCUGGCUAAUGGAAGGAGUGUGUCUUCAGUCUCAGGCCUUUGAUACAGUUUUGUCAUAAGCAGGGGGGUAGUGAUGGCUCAUUUAGAUUCAACAAAGCUGAAAAGGGAUUCCAGCUUCAUUUUGUUAUCCCGAUCUCUUAAGGGGUUGAGGAACAAAUACAUUUUCAACCUGUGAAUGAACAGUUUUCAAUAUAAGUCAUAAAGGAAGAUAAAAAGAAAUAACUUGAGAAAUAGGCAUGGUCUAGUGUGAAUGUGGGACCGAAAGCCAGGAACUUCUGAGCUCUGACCCUUGCUCUGACAGCAGCAAUGUCUCUGGCUUUGGGCUAGUCACUUAACCUCUCCGCUACAGUUUUGCUAUCUGUAAAAUGAAAGUAAUUGUUCUCCCUCACAUUGUUAUGACAGUUCAGCAUAUGGAAGAUGAAAAGUGCUAGGUAUUACUAUUUCCCUCCGAGAUCAAGCAGAACAGACCUGUGGUGUCACAACUGAAGUUAAAUGCAUUUUCCUGCCUCUGAAAAUAGCCUGUGUUUGCACAGGUGGGAUGUUCUUUCCAUUGCCAUUAACAGCAAGAACCAUUCUAAAGGGGCAGCAAAGUCUUCACUGAAUAUAAGCAUUUCAUCAUAUGGUACAGGACAUAUGCCAGAGUUGGAUUAGCAUUUGGAACUGUGUAUCCUCAAAAUCUCAGGAACCUAUCAAAACCUGAAAAGAUUUGUGUUCAUUUUCAGUCACUCAAUGUCAUUAUCCUUAUCUUUAUCUAAUCUGCCAUAUUUUAGAGCAUCAGUCCUAGUUUCUAGGUGACAUCUGGUAUCUUAACAGAGAGGCAGACACUCAGCUGAUAUAAUUGAUCACAACGUCUCUGAAAUCAGGUGAGCUAAGACAAUCUACCUGAGCUGAGAAUCUGCUCCAGAGUGUAUAAUAUACAAUUGUUUUCCUUAUACAUGCAACAAUUAAUACAAUAUGUAAUUUACAUGGGAUUUUAAAUUUUAAAAGAAUUUAUAUUCCUUAAAGGAAUGGAAAUCCCAUGUAGCAACUCUGGAAGGUAUGUAUUCUGGAGUGGCAGUAGCUGCUCCAUAGUUAUAGUUGAACCUAGCUUCCCAUCAUCAGAUCAGUUUUCAACCCUUAUCUCAACUUUCCUCCAAAACAGUAUUCUUCCUGAAAUUUCACAUGGCACAUCUUUGUUUCUGGGUAGAGGUUUUUGAGAAGUUUGAUUUAAAAAAAAAUCAGAAAACAAGAGUUAAAGUUAUGGUGUCUUGAAAUUGUAUUAGAAGUUCACCUGAUAUGUUGUCCAAUUUUUUUUGCUGCAAUUCCAUUGCCUCGCCUAAAAAUGCCACAAGUGUUUUUGUUGACUUUAUUUUGCUUUGGGACAAUUUUCAGAAGUAUUGCUUAUGACAUGGUAGGAGGUGGUCUUUCAAUUUCUCUCUCUCCAAUAUCGCUUAUAUCAUCUACCCAAAUCAGCUGUGUGGGUGAACCAUCUUUUUCACAGGAACAUGUAACAUCUAUGUACGUCUGUGCUGUAAUGUCUAGUGGUCUGAUAUCCUUUUUUUCUAAUAGCAGCCAAUACCAGCUGCUUCAGGGAAAGGUGCAACAAAUCCCACAAUGGACAAUUAUGUAAUCUCUUGCCCCUAGGGAAAGUUUCUUUCUAAUCACUGGCAGUUAGUGUUUGCCUUAUGCUUUGUAGUGUGAAGUGGGAUUGUGGAAGUUCUUCCAUAUCAUGAUCUGAUCAUUUUUGGGGCAGGACAAAGUGGGUGAGGUCAUAUCUUUUAUUAGACCAACAUCUGUUGGUGGGAGAGAAAAGCUGUUGAGCUUAUAUACGGAGCUUGUUUUCAGUUGAAGUUGGUCCAAUAAAAGAUAUUACCUCCCCUAUCUUGUCCCCACCUAUUAAAAAUAGUUAUGUGGUAAAUUAGCCAGUUUAUACUGUUUAUUUCUUUUCUCAGAGAUGAACAAUAUUGACAUCUGGUACUGUGUUAACGAAUCAGAUCUCCUAUGCAAAUAAGCGUGCCCCAGUUGGCUAGGAGUGAGUACAGGGAAAACUUGCUUACCUCUGAGCUACUAAAUUCACAUAUACAAAUUCCUGCUUUCUGAGUGGCUUGUCAGUGGCAAACAUUAUCUUUUUAUGGGUCAGGAAGUAAAACUCCCUGUAUGAAUCUUUGUUUAAGAGGGAAAAACUGAUAUACUCUUGAAAUGUGUGGGUAUAAUUGAGAGGCUGUCAGGUAUUUCCUUGGAAGACAUUCCAUGUGUAAAUAUGGCAGUAUAUAUUGCACAUUGGCUUCAUAUACAGAGAUCAGCAUUCCCUUCUCAAGUUAACUAGUCUUCCUGUUCAUGUAAAAUUAAGUUGAUAUCUGUUUAUUAUUCAACUGUUCACCAUUAUAUGGUUCUUUCUUUCUAUGUGUUCAUAUAGGACUGGAUUCAGUUGGGAUUUACACUGGUUUCCACUGUGAAAAAACAAAGUACAGGGCCUGGCUGCAAAAAGGUCUACUGUGGAACGGUGUGGGAGGGGGAAAGUCCCUCUGUCUUCUCCUCUUUCUCCAGAUCCUUCCUCUGUGUAAAUUGCUAGCAUACUCCAGAAAAUGGAUGGUGAUUGCCCAGAAGAAAGCAUGGCCCAGACAUCUAGGGCAUAUGCUGACUCAGUGCAUUGCCUUCAGAGUGGCCACUGGAAUGGAACCCCUGCCACAAUUAUUGUUGUCCCUCCCCCCAGUACAAAUCCUAAGGGAGGGCAGGUGGCAGUGCCACUAAGGGCCUCCACUGGGAAAAUCUUGUUGGAGCACAGAGGGAUCAGCUGGCACAGGGAGGAAUAAUUUAUACCUAUGUGCACCACAGUGGUUGAAUCUGGUCCAUCCACCACAAAAGCCUUGUUAUCCCAGUUUUCAGUGGGCAGUCCUGUAUCUGACAGGGCUGUUGAAAGACUCUCAAUAUCUAUGGUGUGAUGCUGUGUCACAAUGUGGCAGGAUGCCAAGAUUACAAAGCCUCAUAAUAAAAUUAAUUUAUAAGCAAACUUUUAGGUGACCAUCUGAAAAGACAACUGAACCAUCUAUCUGGCUAACAGUUUAUGAUGUCUUUGUGUGUGUUUUCUUUUGGAAAUAGGGUUUUUUUUUCUUUGCAUAAACUCAUUGCUCCUCAUUGUGAUUUUUUUAAAACAUUC